UCGUUCAGUGCUUUUUCACUGUUGCUUUGCUAAUGUUCACUCGCGAACAGCGCUCGUCCGUCGUCUUGUCUGCAACAUAAACGUAACAAAAUCGUAAAGUUUUCGUACACAGCUUAUUUGAAAGGAAUAUUUGGCACUGUGGUGAAAGCAAUUGAGUUUAAUUGAGUUUUUGAUUGCGCUAUAGUAUCUUCUACGCAGUAUUAUAAAUUUAGAAAAUUUUAAACAAUUAGGAAAAAGAAAAAACUUUCGUACAAACAAAUAAAUAAAUUAAGAAACAUCUCGUUUUUUUUUAACAAACAAUCAACAGUAAAUAAAAAUAUUUUCCUUCAGAACAAGUGGCGUACAAUAUAUGUACAGAAACAACAGCUACUUGUAGCAAAUUGAGUGGCCAGACUAAAUUUAGUAACAAUUGUGACGUUUAAGCAAAUAAAACGUGUUUAUUUACAUCUUGACAUCGCAGCACGCAGCGCACUUGGAUUUUUAAGUGUGACAAAACAGUGAAAGGGCAUUUUAUUUCAAUCGCGCAAAUAAUAAGAAAAAAAGAAAACACCAACAACUUACGAUAUACAUACAUAUGCACAACUAUUGUCUAAUUGCUGCUUGAUCGUCGUUGAGACAUCGCUGUGACCGCGUUAGUUUCAGCAAUUGAAUCUCUUCACUUAAAGUCACAUAAAUAAAAAUUUACGCUUUAAUAAAACGCAAUAGCUUGGCGUACACGCUCCUCAAUCAGCUGCUGCUUCACAUCCAAAGAGGAAGUCUACAGAAAAAUAUUCAAAACUGAAGUCGACAUCCGGUGCGCGUUUUACGACCACGUCAUCAGCUUCAGCUUCAGCAUUGGCAUCAUCAUCCUCAUCCUUCCUAUCAUCGCUUCUCGCCCACAUUCUAGUUGAAUCGUUGCUGUUAUUCCUUUAAACUAUUUUGCUGCUGCUAUGGCAUCGUCAUCAGUGCUCGCUAACAAUCCAAUUUCGACACUAGCAUCGUCGUCGACGACUACGACUACCUCACCUACUCCAAUUUCAACACGUAAACGCACCUACGAGACUGCAAUCUCAAUGCCCGCUGUGGCAACAAUAGCUAGAGGAGCAACAGCAGCUAUAGCAAAGGCAUCAAUUGCCAACAAAAUGAAUGUGAAUGGCAAUGAUAUUGCCCUUAGUGAUAUAUAUGUGGAUGGUGUUAGUACUGCCACUAAUAAUGCAAUAACAAACAAAGAUUAUACACGCACAGUUUCACAAUGCGAACCAGACGAGGAGGCCUCUGGUUCGUCAUCGGUAUAUUACGAUAGUCCAGUGAAAAGAGAGUAUGUGCCGACACCACAACCGCUGCCGUCGAUCAGCAGUGGCGCAUCAGAUCUUGCAACAAUUUGCAAGCCCGCACCUCUGUCCACAGAUGAAGAGGCCGUUGUGGAGCGUGAGAAAUGUGAUUACAACUAUAAAAUCACCUAUCAAAUGGCGCGUUCGGGCCAGACGAAACGACGCGUACGUGUCUAUGCCGAUGGCAUUUAUGACCUCUUCCAUCAAGGUCACGCCAGACAGCUAAUGCAAGCAAAGAACAUUUUUCCGAAUGUUUACUUAAUUGUGGGUGUGUGCAACGAUGAACUAACACACCGCAUGAAGGGGCGUACCGUCAUGAAUGAUCAAGAACGUUACGAGGCUUUACGUCACUGCCGUUAUGUGGAUGAAAUUGUACCGGAUGCACCUUGGACUCUAUCGGACGAAUUUAUUGAAUCGAAUAAAAUUGAUUUUGUUGCACACGAUGACAUUCCAUACCUUGGUAAUGGUGUGGAGGAUAUUUACGCACCACUGAAGGCUAAAGGCAUGUUUGUGGCCACUGAACGUACGGAAGGCGUUUCCACAUCGGAUAUUGUGGCACGCAUCGUCAAGGACUACGAUUUAUAUGUACGCAGGAAUUUGGCGCGUGGCUAUUCGGCCAAAGAUUUGAAUGUAUCAUUCCUUUCGGAGAAGAAGUUUAGAUUUCAAAAUAAAAUGGAUGAACUGAAGGUUCGCGGUCGUCGCGAAUUGACCAAAGUGAAGGAUGAUAUCAUUACAAAAUGGGAGGAAGCAUCACGUGAUUUUAUCGAUGCUUUCCUUUUACUUUUUGGACGCGAACGUCUCAAUCAUUUGUGGAACGAAUCGAAGGGUAAAUUAAUACAAGCGCUUAGUCCACCUGGCAGUCCCAGUGGUUCAGUGAAUGGUGAUGACGAAGAUGUUGAUGAUGGUGAUUUCGAGGACGAUACUGAUUUCGCAACUGUACGCAUGCCGGCCAAUAUUGCGCGGAGUCGUGCACUUGAUAGUCCUACGGUACGCCGUAGCAGCGGCCGUGGAACAACUUCGAAUUUUGCCGCCAGGGCAGCCAGGUUAGUCGAACAAGAAGAAAAUGAUGGUGAUGAUGAUGAUGAGGAUGGCGGCGAAUAUGAGCAUAGAAGUGAUUAGAGCAAAUUAUAUAAUAUGAUACCCAAAUAUUUCGUAGGUAAUAUUAUUAUUAUUGUAACGCAAAUGCGCUAAAGGGAAGAGAAAAUAAGAGCUAAAUUAAAGCGAAACACAAUUAUUUGCAGACAUUUGUGUGUCUAUGAGAACUUUUCGUCAAUGAUGAAGCAUAAAUUUGUUAAAACACACGAAUUAUACAUACAAACAUAAAUCAGCUGAGUUGUGCUAGUGAAAGUAUCACAUUGACUAUGGGUUAUCCGAGUCGAUUCCGGAUCACAAAAAAAAAAAAAAUUGAAUUA